AUGAAUGAAGAGAGAAUGGAGGAAGAUGAUAAUAUGGAAAACGAAGUCAGCGAUUCUUCUGACUCUGAUAGUGAUAAUGAUAAGGAACUGACUUCUAGAGCAGAAGCCUUGGAAGCCCAAAUAUCAUCAAAUAAAUACCUUUAUGAUGCACAUGUAGAAGUCACUGCAAUAUAUCUCCAAAUGGGAGAUCUUGACUCCAUGAGAGCAGCUUUUCAAAGAUUUCAUGAGACAUUUCCCUUAACUCCUAAGCUAUGGUUGAGUUGGAUAAAAGCAGAAAUAAAAAUUGCUAGCACUUCUGAAGAGAAGGCACGUAUUUUCCAACUGUUUGAUAAGGCAGUUGAAGAUUAUUUAUCCAUUGAUGUCUGGGUGGAAUAUGCACAAUUCUCCAUUGGUGCCAGUGAACUGAGUAAAACUCAUUCCAUCCUAGAACGUGGUCUAAACUCUGCAGGACUUCAUGUGGCAGAGGGUUCCUUACUUUGGGAUACUCUGAGGGAGCUGGAGCAUGCUCAUGUACAGGUCAACUCUGAAGGCAGUGAGGAAUGGAAGAAUCAAGUCAAUAGGUUGGCAGAUGUUUUCAAGAGACAACUGUCUGUGCCACUUCUCAAUAUGGAGAACACCUACCAAGAAUGGCAGGAUUGGUUCAAAUCUUUACCACCAGGAAUUGUGAAUCCAGAUCCUAUCGAAUGGGGUUACAAAAAAGCCCUUAAAGUAUUGGAAAAUUACAAACCCUUCGAAGAACGCCUUCUAAUCGCCGAAAGCACGGAGAGACUCGAAAUAUACAAGGAGUACAUAAAAGUGCUGAAAGACCCAUCCACAAUACUGUGUCUGUAUGAACGAGCAGUAGUAGAUUUGUGCCUCACUGCGCAAUUGUGGGAAGAUUAUUGCGGCUUCGCUUUCAAAUUGGGCGACAUCGCCGAUCAAGUGAGCGCUAGGGCUCUGAGACAUUGCGAUUGGAGCGUGGAACUGUGGUGUACCAGGUUGAGGAUACUAGAGAACCUGAAGAGGGACGAGAAGGAGAUCGUCGAAUGUUUCGAGGAGGGAUUGACCCGUUGUUCGGCCGUACCCAACCUCGACCUGUGGCUGACCUUCCUGGAGUACCAGGUGAGAAACUGCGGUGAUUCGGACAAGCUGGACAAACUUUUUCGGCAGGCCGAAGAGCAAAUAACAGAUGAGACCGAUCCGGCGAGAAAGUUGAGCAGGUGGCGAGCGAGAAUGUUGGCGAAGGGGGCCGACAUGGGCCGAACUAGGAAAAUAUGGAACGACAUCGUGCAUGGUCGACAUCACAAAGGUACGGCCAGCGUAUGGCUGGAGUACGCCCGCCUGGAAAUCCAGUACGGCGACCCUAAUUCCGCCAGGACCGUCUUCAGGAGGGCCCUCGCCGCCUGCAAGGACUGGCCCCAAUACAUCGCCGAAGAGUGGUCGAUGUUCGAGCGGGAGAACGGCACGUUGGAGGACGUGAUGAAAUGUUUGGAGGCGUGCAGCGUAGUGAAAAAAGUGGAGGAGGAGAGGCAAGAGAGCGGGAGGGAAGUUGAGGAGGUGGCGGAGAGUAGGGAGGAACGCGUUAGGAAACGGAAGUUCGAGCCGAGAGAGAAAACUAGAAUUGGACAUGCCAAGAGGUCAAAGAUGGACGAAGUGGUUGAACACAAACCAAACCUGUUGCACGCCCCACCGAAAAAACCGAUCGAAAAAGAUCCGAAAAUAACAGUGUUCGUCAGCAAUUUACAUCCCCGAGUGACGGAACGGGAUUUGAAGGAGCUGUUCCCGAAUGCGGUCAAUAUCGAUGUGGUUUUGGAUCGGAAAGGCAAAUCUCGAUGCUUCGGCUACGUGCAGUUCGCCAAAGAAGAAGAAACGCUCGUCGCCCUGGCGCGAGAUCGGGCCCCCAUCGACGGCAGACCCGUCUUUGUGUCAGAGAUCAAGCCGGAGCGGACGGAGAGACAGCCCGUCUUCAAGCAUCGCCUACGUGGAAUUCGACACCCGAGAGGCGGCCAAAAAAGCCCUUCUCGCCCUGGACCAGACCACCGUCGAGGGGCAGGUCAUCACGGUGGCGGUGAGCGCCCCGCCGCCGCCCAAGGGCAAGCAAGCGGAGCAGGGGGCGAGGGGGGGCGCGGGAGGGGCGGCAUCCGGGGAGCCGUGGAGGAACGCGAGGAGCCGGCUGCAGGUGCCGGCGUUGAUGGUGCCGAGGGCGGUACAGGCGAAGGGGGCAGGUAAAUCGGAUCCAAGUGCGAAUGGAGGUGGAACUGGAGAGGCCCCAAAGAAGAAUUCUGAUUUCCGAGAUAUGCUUCUCAAUCUCAAGAAGUAA